GUAGGCGACGGCCACUGAACUAUAUUUGAUAUAAACUACGACAAAAUCGCUAGGUUUCCACAGCUGACCAACAUACUGAGCCAAUAUGAAGCUAGCCAUUGUUACCUUGCUUUCAUUCUCGGCACUUGUGGCAUCAGGCCCCAUAGGUGACCCCGGUGUGAAGAGGGCUACGGACUGUGCAGCCCUGUCUUGUGCCAGUGACGAGAUGUGUGUACAUGAACUUGUGUACUGCAAGAAAGACCCCUGUCCCCGCCAAGCCGUGUGUGCCGCUAAAGACAGCCACAUCUGCAGAUACAAGCCGUGUGAGAACGGAGGGGUCUGUUUCCCAGACACGACGCUGGGUUACACGUGCUCUUGUCUUCCCGGCUAUGUUGGAGUUACUUGUGAAGCUCACGUGUAAAUGACAAUUUGAAAUAAAUAUUAAGUUAGA